AUGGCAUUAAACCACAACCAAAUCGAAUCCCAACGUCUCUCCAUACCCGACCCCCGUUUCUCCCUCCUCAGCCACUUCGAAACCGUCGGUAACCUAGUCAUACCUCCCUACCACCGUCCUCUUCCCUCAGCGCUAGACAUCAUCAACCGUGUAGCCAUAGCUAUCGCUUUACCUGCAGGUACGAAGCCCGCGGACUUGGAACGUGGGACGGACGACGGGGUUCCAGAAAAGGUGUCGUGGACUCCGAUUGAGCGUCAAGACUCGCUUGUCAUGCGUGAGAGUGCUGCUCAAGAAAGGAAGAGGAUGUCUGCGAAUCAUAUGGAGCAAUUGGAGAAGCUGCAGAGUAUGUUUGUUAUUGGUGAUGGUGAGGAGGAUGAGGAUGAGGAAUGGGAUGAUGCUGAUUCAGUAGAUCAUGACUCGGAGGUGGCUCAUGGAUUUGGGUCGGGUAAGGCUAUGAAUGCGCUGUAUCAUGCGGAGUAG